GGCAUUUAUAAAGAAAAGUAGAAGUGCUGCACCUUUGCGCAGCGGCCGCCUUUAGCUGAAAGGUCCCCUCUGAGUGCACAAAGGCAGCUGCUGGAGGAACUGUUCAGCGCGAGAGAGCGAGCCGAGCGCUGAGAGGCGUAAUAAACAAUCUCCGGCUAGCUACAGACAGGGACGCGGACUCGAAGUAGCUCCCCGGCCCAAGCCCGUAGUUUUACUCCGUGAAACCGGAUUCCAUCGUCAGGUUAAGACUUAUACAGUGUGUUGCAGGUGGGUAGAGAGAGAGCAGCAUGGUGAAGGCCAAAUCCGCUCCAAGGAAGACCUCUCAGCAACACACUAAGAAUUCCAGCAGGAUGGAAGUGGAGAUGGAGGAGAUCCUCCAGUCUGAACCCCAGGACGAGCCCCAACCUGAGCCUGAGAGCCAUGCUACCAGAGACCAGUGCUGCCAGACAGACGAGCCACAGCCCAGCAGCCCUAACCCAAUGACUGACCUUAACCCUGGCCCUGACACAGCCCCCAGGACACCAGGGUACUGUGUGGAGCCAGGGGACCCUCCUCUGUUGCAGCAGCAGCUCCAGACCUCCAAGUCUGGCAUCCAGCAGAUCAUAGAGUGCUUCCGCUCAGGUACUGCCCAGCUGAAGCACAUGCUGCUGAAUGAGGCGGACACCAUCUUUGAGUGUAAGAUGUGUCGCAGCUUGUUCCGGGGCCUGCCCAACCUCAUCACCCACAAAGAGCACUACUGCCUUACCAGACUGCCCAAGCCCGACGAUCCAGCGGGCAAUGGUGAUAAGCAGAGCGUGGCUAUGAAGGACCUCCUGGAGUCCAUCUACCCCAGGAAGGACCGGCCAGACUACGUGAUGCGCCUGGAGCCAAUCCAGACCUCCAACAAUGCUGUAUUCCAGUUCCUGUCCUCAGAGGAGGAGCUGGCCCACUUCCCCCGGGCUCCACACACCCCUGGAGGGACCCACACACACAGCCCUGAGCCCUGGGAGGAGCAGGGAGGGACGCCGGAAAAUGGACAGACAGGAGGAGAGGUGGUGGCGCAGCCCGAGGAGGAGGGGUCUACGAGUGGGGUGGAGGACGUUACCAUCUCAUGCUGCCUGUGUGGUAAGGACUUCAACUCUCGCCGCAGCAUCCGCCGCCACUGUCGCAAGAUGCACCAGACCAAGCUGGAGGAGCUCCGGAAGUUCACCGAAACGCGCACCGUUCCCAUCAGCCUCCUCUCCAUGGUCAAAGGUCGGCCCCGCACCUUGCACACGCCCAGCGGCAAGUCCUGCCCAGUCUGCUUCAAGUCCUUCGCCACCAAGGCCAACGUGCGGCGCCAUUUUGACGAGGUGCACCGCGGCCUGCGCCGGGACACCAUCACGCCGGACAUCGCCACGCGCCCCGGCCAGCCGCUGUCCCUGGAGGCCACGCCGCCCCGCAAGAGCGCCAACUCCUCCCCCACGAGAGAUCACACCCCGAAGAGCGGACGAGCCGCGGGUGUUACCACCCCUCAGCCGCCCAAUGCCUCUACCGCGGUGCCACCCGCCCCUUCUCUCCUGGCGUCGGCCCUGUACAACCUGGCCUCCUGCCGCUGUCUGCUCUGCAAGAGGAAGUACAGUUCCCAGGUGAUGCUCAAGAGACACAUGCGCAUCGUCCACAAGAUCUACAAUCUCAAGAACGUUAGCUCCGUCUCCGCGACCUCGACCGCAACCACGGCGACCAGCAAAACAACGACCAACACUGACAGCACCCCUAGCAACAGCACCCCUAGCAACAACCUGAGUGUGAAGGAGAAGGCGGUGGAACCCUGUGACGACCCUGACUCCAGCCCCGCCUCGUCGCCUGGCGAUACGGACAGGAAGGACACGGACAGGAAGGGCGUCGCCGUGGCAUCCAAGUCAGGUCAAAAGAUCAAAGAGGAAGAGGGUGGCAGCAGCCCCAAGACCUCGACUCGUUCCACUUCCAUCAACAGUACCGGUGGUACUAGUAGUGGUAGUAGUACUCUUGGGAGAACCCCACAGAAGCUCUCGGUGGGAUUCGACUUCAAGCAGCUGUUCUGCAAGCUGUGCAAACGUCAGUUCAGCUCGCGCCAGAACCUCACCAAGCACAUCGAGCUGCACACGGACGGCACGGACAUCUUCAUCAAGUUCUACCGCUGCCCACUCUGCCGCUACGAGUCCCGCCGCAAGCGCGACGUCCUGCGCCACGUGACGGUGGUGCACAAGAAGUCGACGGGCUACCUGGCCAAGAUCGUGCCCAAGCUGGAGUCGCGUGCGGUCAAGCGGCCGGCUGAGGUGGUCCUCAACUCUCCCCCCAAUUCCAACAACAACAAGAGAGGAGGAACAACAGAGGAGGUGAACGGGUGCCACUCGCCCCCCUCUCCCCCUACGCCCCCCGUCACACGCAAACAGGAGCUCCUCAACAACUCCUCCAACAUCUCCACCUCCUCCUACCCAGUCACACGUAAACAGGACCUCCUCUCCUCCACUCCGGUCACUCGUAACCAGGAGAGGCAGCAGGAGGCUCAAACCAGGUCACCUGUCACCCGUAAGAACGACAAACAACAACCCGACACCACCGCCCCGACGCCCCCCCACACCCGUCGCCAUGACGCCCACCAGGAGAGCAGCAGCAGUAGCACAGAGGUGCGUGUCACCAAGAACUUCUCCCUCCACGCGUGUGACGUGUGCGGCCGGGCAUUCGCCAAGAAACUUUACCUGGAGUCCCACAAGAGGAUCCACCGGAACAUCACGCCACCGGUCAGCACACCGCCCAGCGACGCCCGGGCUAAGGGAGUCAGCACUCGGUCCAAGGCACUGCUCUGAUCUCCAGUCUCGUCUCACGCCUGGUUCUUAGGAGCCUCCAUCCUGAGAGGAGAGACUUAACGGAUGAAAGAGCACCGCUAACGAUGAUGAAGAAAGCGGCUGGACUGGAAAAGUGGUGGAAGCGAAACUGAGAGAGAGAGGAAGCGGUGAAAGAAGGGAAGAGUUCACAUCUAAGGGACCAAAAGUAUUGUUGGAAUCCAACACUAGAAGGAGGGAUGGGAGCCAGCGUGACGCCAGAGGAGUGGGGUCAGUGGACACUCAAGGAGCCACUGAUGCUAUCACACUACUGUGUGUAGGUUACAAUCACUGUAUGUACAUGUAGAUCCAUAUAUAUAAUAUAUAUAUAUAUAUAUACACACACACACCUGGAUCUGGUCUAGACCUGAGCCUGUAUAAAUCUUAGGGGUGGGGAGAGAAGAGGGCAGGGUUGGGAGCGCUCUUAGCACACCAUAUAUAUCCCAUAUCUGACCAGUAGAGGAUGCUCCAGUUCUGCUUUAUAGGAUCAGACUUUAAGGCAGGGCUCUCCAACCCUGUUCCUGGAGAGCUACCCUCCUGUAGGUUUUCACUCCAACCCAAGUUGUAUCUAACCUGAUUAAUCUUAUCAACUAGCUAAUUAUUAGAAUCAGGUGUACUAGAUUAGGGUUGGUGUGAAAACCUACAAGGACGGUAGCUCUCCAGGAACAGGGUUGGAGAGACCUGCUUUAAGGAUUGAGCCUCCCCUGUGAAGUUGGCCCAGCCAGAGCCAGCACUAGUGAUACUAGUGGUUUAUUUCCCCAACUCGUAGUAGGCUUUUCCCACUGGGGACUCCAUGACCUUUUAGUAACCAUUGGGAUUCAAUAAACUCAUAGUAAGCUAUCCAUCCACUGGGAAGGACUCCAUACUAAUAACUCAGUUCAUCCAGAUGGGCUUUAGUUUUUCUGUCAUUCCAAGAGAAAUGGUUUGGGUUGUUAACUGACGGAGAAAGAUGUGUAGGUAGAUGACCAGCGAUGCUCUGUCUGGCACAUUGAAGAGAUGGUGACGGUUGAUUGAUGAGUGACUAUGGCUGUGUUUAAACAGGCAGCCCAAUUCUGAUAUUUUUUUCACUAAUUGGUCUUUUGACCAAUCAGAUCAGCUCUGAAAAAGCUCUAAUAAUUUCAAGUGUCAUUUUCCCCGAAAUUUCCUCUUGAAUCACUGAGAUUAGGAUCUGAAUUGAUCUAUUUCAUAAAUAUUAUUUAUUUUAUUUAUCAGAUAUUAUGCAUUUUACCAACAUUUUCACAAAACUCUCAUUAUGUAACAGUUUUCGAAGCCUAAAAAAGUUAUAAACAAAUCAAUAUUUAUAAUAUUUGUUAAUAUUGCUCCCCUAAUGAAAAGGCCUGAGUUAAACAUAACACUGAAAAUUAAAAUAUUUCAAACUAAAUUAUACAAUUAUUAUAAAAUUAAAUCAGACAUCCCAAUUUGAGCUCUUUAGCCGAUUCAGUAAUUACGAUAAUAAGACACGUCCUCAGACAAUUUUGUAUGUAAUAAAUAUUAUAGUUUAAUGUAAACUUCAACUAGUAUACCAUUUUUAUGAUUUAUGGACAGCAACAUAUUUUGUUUUAUUCAAAUAAGUUAGGUUUUCUAAAUAAUACAUUUCAUAAUGACCCGAGAAUUUCAUCGGGACGCAUUUCGGUAAUGAGAAUUUGGAGUGAAAAUGUACAAAAUUCAGGUGAAAAUGUAACAUUUAUUUAAAAUAAGAAACUUUCCCAAAAACUAGACAUCUUAGUCCUCAGAAUGAUAGUUGCUUUUUGCAGAUGCAUCAUGGUUUUGUAACUCAAUUUGCUACAGACAUUUAAAAAAUGGUUUCAUGAAAAUCAUGAUGUGAAAAGAUGCGAUUGGUCAAAAGACCAACUAGUGAAGAAAAAACAAACAGAAUUUGUCUGCCUGUAUAAACGCAGCCAUAGUGACAGACCAAAUGUACAAUGUCUUGUUCAGUCAGAAAGCCAUGGCACAAGAGAAAAGGAUCAGACCAAUUUUUAUUUUUAUAACUGAAAAGCUUGUUCAACAAAGUCUCGGACUGAUGUACAUAUUAACCAUCAUACAGAUGGUAUAAACGAUAGAUAUUUACAUUUUAGUCAUUUAGCAGACGCUCUUAUCCAGAGCGACUUACAGUUAGUGAGUGCAUAAAUUUUUCAUACUGGCCCCCUGUGGGAUAUAUUGGCAGAUGUAUAGGUGAUGUAUAGUUUUUGUUUGAAUCUCCCUGAAAAGUAGAGAUAUUAUAUAGCCUACUGUUGGUUACAUAAUCUCCAAUAUCUCUAAAUAGAGAGAUAUUUCGUUUUUCUCUAUUUGUUCAAUGCACCGAAGAAUCUGUUAUGUUCAGACUCUCACUCAUAUGACUGUGUCAAAACCAGAUGGUGAAAUGAAGUAGAGUUUUCUUUCUUUCUUUAAAACAUCUGUGACAGAGCAGAAGGGAAAUGAAGUGAUUUUCCGUUACAAGACUGAUUUUCCUUAUUUGUCGUCUACAUUCAGAUAUAAAAGAGCUAACCUAAAGCACCUCCAUAGGAUAAGGAGAAGAGUAGAUCAGUAAGGUUUUCUUUUGAAAAUAAUGUAUCCCAUACAUCCAUCCUGAAGAAAUCAACUGUUACCCCAAUAAUAAACAA